AUGGGACAGUGGCAAGGACACACAUGGUGGCUGUUGAUUGGAAAGCCUGCAAUACAUACAGGCACUAGUCAUUCCAUGCUCCCAGGGUGGCUGAGGGCUUCAAUAAGUUGGAACCCCAAGUCCCCUAUUGGCAUCAAUUCAAAAGCUAUAGACAUCCAGCUACACAAAGUUCGUGUAGGAUGCAUCUCCACAGAAUCCUUUGAUUUUGAUCUGAAUAACCUGAAGUCAGUUGUUUGGAAUGCUACACAAAAGGGUGUCCAGUUCAUCUUCAUGGGAAGCAAAAUGACAAGUGCAGAUGGAGCACUGGAAUAUCUCCAGAAAGAACUCAAGGAUGAAACGGUGAGAUUCAUAAACAAAUAUGAUGAAGCCCUAUUGCAUCUGAUCUUUGCAGGUUCAGACAUAAUCUUGUGCCAAACUUUUCAUGAUCCUCUACUCCAAGUGCCAUUGAAAGCUUUGAAAUAUGGAGCAGCUCCAAUCGCAGUCACAUCCAAUGAGAACAAUUUCAGAGAUUUUGUAGAUCAUGAACAAGAGACCACUAGAUUUGCACAGUUCAUUAGCUCUACCUUUGGAUGUAUGUCUCUGAGCCAGGCUGUGGAUGAAAUUAAGAGCAACCCAUCAAAAUGGAAGCAAACGAUAGCAGAUGCCAUGGUCAAGGACCUCUCAUGGAAUGCAGAGUGCUAUGACGUUCAUGUUUCUGCAUACACAGCCAUAAAAAGUGAGUCCAAUUCUCAAAUUAUCCUUCGUCUCUGUCGUGUCGUAGGUCGUAACGUCUCUGCCUCUCUCUCUUCUCCCACCUAA